UUGAGUCUACCAUUGUAUCGACCUAUGAACCAACUGAUGAAAUCCCAACUCCUUUUCUCUGCUGCAAAUAGGCAGGUCCCUCUCCCUUACUUUGCCUAAUUCCUUAGAAACCGGUGGAUCAGGUUUAUUAUUUUUUUUCUUCCAUUUUCCUAGAUUGUUUCGGUGUUGUCGUCAACUGACCGUCUUGGGAUCACUACUGAGUUUUCUCGCAAGACAUUUUCUGAAGAAUAGAUUCAACUGAGGGCAUUCUCUGUUGAAGUAGUCUACAUGCAACAGGUGUGGGGUCGUAUGUGAGGUGGAAAAGUUGAUGGGCUAUGCAAAGGAAGUACAGACGUAGGCUACUCCAGGAGUAAACGUGCUCCUUAACUCUUUUAGUCUACUUUUGGUGCAAAGUCUCCUCCUAUCGCUCCCUGUAAAGACGAGCUUGAAACUCUUGCGUCGUUCAUAUUAUCUGAACCUUUCUAUAGGAAGCCAAAAAUAUCUAGGAUCAUACGAAGCAUCCCUCGAGGUUUUCGCUCGUCCAUUUAACUCGAAUUAGAGGGGCCGCUCAACAGUUAGCCCUUCAGGGGACCCGUACAGUCCUGCCCAAUGACUAUGGAGACGGAGACAUCAGAUGGAUAUCUUACUAGUAACGGAAACUGCUCUCCCAGGAAGGAGAACCCGAGAAUGCUGGUGGACCUGUCAACCAGCACGCCUAAUGGGCAGCAUUCCCAAAGUCCUGUGUCACCCACUGAACACACAAUCAAACAAGAGGAGGUGGGGGAGGAGGAGGAGUCGGAGAGGAGGCUUCCUGGCCCAGAGGAGACGACUCAAAGUGGGGAGGAGGGCUCUGGCCUGGAGGAGCCCAUGAUGGACAGCCCAAACAAUCUCCAGGACAUGGGGCCAGCAACAGAUGGUUCCAAUGAUACCGCCAAUCGACUGCCCAAUGGAGAAAGACCCUUCCAGUGCAGCCAGUGCGGCGUGUCCUUCACUCAGAAGGGGAACCUGUUGAGGCACAUCAAGCUGCACACGGGCGAAAAGCCCUUCAAGUGCCCCUUCUGCAACUACGCCUGCCGCCGGCGCGACGCACUCACCGGACACCUGCGCACACAUUCAGUGGGUAAACCACACAAAUGCAACUACUGUGGCCGAAGCUACAAGCAGCGUACGUCGUUGGAGGAGCACAAAGAGCGCUGUCAUAACUACCUGCAGAGUGUUGGCAUGGAUACCUCCAAUGCUGGCCAGUACCCAGUAGAUGUGUCCAAAGAGUCCCGGCCCAUGAUGGAGCCUUCCAACAUGGUGUCCUUUGAGCGCCCGCCCGUCAUAGAGAGGCUGCAGGGGAAUGUGGGCAAGAGGAAGAGCACCACUCCACAGAAGUUUGUGGGUGAGAAGAUGCUUCGCUAUACUUACCCAGAGAUCAACUUUGACAUGGGUCUGAAGUAUGAGAAGGAGGCUGAGCUCAUGCAAGCACAUAUGAUGGACCAGGCAAUGAAUGCCAUGCCUUAUCUAAGCUCUGAUUCCCUGAGGCCCAUGGUCCACCACCCGCCACUCUCCAUGGCGGAAGUGGUACCCAUGGUGAACUCUCUCUUUCACCCCGUGUACCCACUUGGGCCACGCAUGGAUCGCCCCAACAGCCGAGAGCAGCCGCCACUGCCACCGCCUCCCCCCGAGUUCCCCCCCUCCACCAACGGGGCCAUCUCAUUGGUCCGACACAAGCACCCGCAGGCGGGCCGGGAGGGCUCGCCCAGCAACAGCGGCCAGGAGUCUGUGGACUCGGCCCGCAGCAGCCCCCGGGACAAGCAGGGGGCCCAGGGCCUGCGGUCCAGGACCAGCUCCGGCUUCAGCAGGGGUGAGGGCCGGCCAGGAGAGGGGACGGCGCCGCGGCCGGCGGCGGCUGUGGCAGCUGCGGCGGCAGCGGCCCGGGAGGCAGUGCGCGUCUUCAGCCAGGAGGGUCACGAGCUGCGGGCCUUCCAGUGCGAGCACUGCCGCGUGCUCUUCCUCGACCACGUCAUGUACACCAUCCACAUGGGCUGCCACGGCUACAGAGACCCGCUCGAGUGCAACAUCUGUGGCCACUGCAGCAAGGACCGCUACGAGUUCUCCUCGCACAUCGUCCGUGGAGAGCAUACCUUCCACUAGGGAGCUGAGGGCAGCUCUCAAGCCCCUGCACGUGGGAGCGCACACACACACACGCACACAAACACACACACACACACGCACGCACGCAUGCACACACACACACACACACACACACACAUGCACUCACACCUCCCUGGAGGAGGGCAGCCGCACAUGUGGCAAAGGCAGCAACAGUAAAACCUGUGAAUGCGGGUACAGAAAGGAUUUCUCAGAUAUAUAUGAAGGUUUGGGUCCAAUACGUGUGUUUUCAGAUUUAUUAUUUUAGCUUUAUGUUUGUGUGGUGAGACAUGGUCUUAUUAUUACCAGAUUCAAGUGAAAAUAUUUUUCACUUAGAGGUUUUCUUGGUGUGUCUGGUGUGUCCUUUUGGUCCACCUAAAAAAGAGCAGCUAUUUUUCACAAUGUAUGGAAAUAUCAACAAAGUUUUACGAUUCUUCAGUGGUACCAGCAUCAUCCUGUUUCGCUUGUUGUGUGCUUGUUGUUUCCAGUGCCUUUCGUUGAUUUGCAGCUGAGCUGGACUCUACACAUGAACCGAGCUGGCAUGCCUUCAGUGUUGUUCUCUUUCUUAUCUGUGUCUCUGAGGAGGCUUAGUCUCUCUCUAAAGUUUACUCUGUGGCUUCUGUUGCACAUACGUAAGCCUAGUUCAUAUGUAAGCCUAGCUCAUCUAUAGCUAAUGUACCAACAGUUGUGAGUAAAUCAGAUACCACUCAAACAGUAUCACUCAAUUACAGAGAUUACAGUUGGUGCCGUGCUAACGUGAGUGCAGUUAUUGUAACAGAUGGCAUUGCAGUGUAGACUUGACCACAUAAAAGGGCACACAGCAUUGCCUGCAUUGACAAAUCUGAAUAGAAUGUGGAGGAAAAUCAUUCCAAAACUCACUCUGCUUCAGGCCCUUUGCACGAGUCCUCCACUGGGUUUCUACGCCCGUGUCUCCUCCCCUGUUUGACUUAACUGUGGCCGAUGUGUAAACUCAUUCACAUGCACUUUGCGAAGCGCAGCACUAUAACAUGCCUUGACUAUCUGUUUUUCUUUUUCUAAUAUUCUGUUGCACUAGACGCAGGGAGCCCACAGGAAGUGAGUUAGUCUCGUGAGGCUCUGCAGCAAGCCAUCAUCUUUGAUCUAUAUUAUAUGGGAACAUGGAGCUGGCCUAGACACAACUACAACUGGUUAUUACACACAUAUGCACUUUAUGUGGAUGCACUGACCAGAAAUGAGCAAGGUCAUUAGGUUGCAUAAGGUUGGGUAAUAUAUUGAUUGAUUGAUUGAAUAUAAAGCAGAUGUCAAACAUGACCCCAAAGAGAUUUAUAAACACAAUAGCACAUUACAAACACACACUCAGACACUGUAUCAAAAAAUGUUUUAUAAUACGUCUAUUGUGAGGGCAAAUGUUGAGGAGUUGACAAGCCUUAUAACAGAUUGAGGGUAACUGCUGUGCCAAGGAAGAUAAAUGCUGCUGGUCAAAAGUCUUUUAUUUUGACAUUCUUAUUAUCCUUCUUAUUGAAACAAGCCUUUUGAGCCAGUGUGUGUUGUUUUAUCCUUUACAUGUGUGUAUAAUAUUUUCAUCAAUAUUAGCUACUCUGCUUCUCUCUCAACUUUCAGCAGUAGAUUUAGUAACACCAUAAUGUUAUUUGAGAUUACUUUGUUGUGUUUUUCUUUCUUUCUAAAUGUUCUAUAGAGGAAUUAACAUAUUUGGCACAUAUAAAUAUAAAGUACGCACAUAUAUUGAAUAUUCAGCGUAAAUUAACAAUUAAUAAAUCACAUUCACAAUUAUGUUACAUGAUACACUUCUGUUAUGUGAUCUCUUGGCUUCAUGCUUAUUUGUCUUUUUAGUCAGUGUAUUUAAUGUAUAUAACUGGUUGUUGUGUGUUUGUUGUGUGGCACAUUCAGUGCAUAUUUGUGUUUAUUUAGAGGGCUUGGCAGGCUUCGGAAACAUGGAGGGUCAGCAGUUUACAGAGACAAUUUUACUGGAUUUAAAGAUGCUGUAGCAAAACUUCCAAAUUCAGCUUUAAUUUGUGAAGGAUGGUAAUAUUAAUGUUGAUAAAUAAGUGCAUAGCUUGAAUUUAAAAAAUAUAAAAAAAAUGUUUUUACACUGUUGCUUUACCAGUCACGGAAACUUGACUCACGACGGUGCUUACAUGUUCUUUUACCGACUAUGCCUGCUGCUUCAAAGCUACUUGAGCAUGACAUGUUUUAUGCUACUUAGUCAUUUACAGAUGUGUUAGCUUCGCUAUCACUUUUGACGUUGUCUGUAUGUUCCUAUGUGUCAUUCCAAAACAAUUAUAUUACCUCCUAUGUAUUUAGCCCCUGUUUGACUUUAAAUAAUUAUCUGUAGGAAAUUGAAUUUGAAAAAGAGAUGAGAUAAUCUUAAAAAACAUACAGCUCUUGAAUUCAAAUAGGACAAUAUAGACACGCCAACCCUCUCUUUAGACAAAAUGGAGACUCUUUUAUGAAACUUUGUCUGGAAGAAAGCUAUACAAAUUGCUUGAUUACUUUUUUGCUGUUCUGUCAGAAUGCAUUAUGACUAUAUCAGUGUGGUUGAAGAAUCAUGUUGUGGUUAAGAAAAUUGGUGGAAAACCCAUUUAGAUCAGUACAAUGUGAGCAUGCUAAAAGAGAAGUCUUCUCAGUGGAUACUUUUGAAAAUACAGUACAGCAUACUUGAAACUGGUGAGUGACACUGAGAGUGCUUUUUCUAUCAGUUAUAUGAAAGACCACUAUUUUCAUGAAUUACAUGUACAUAGUUUUGUGAAAACAUGAAGUGUUUCUAUCUGUAUUUACCGCAGACUGUAUAAUACAGUAUGAUAUGGCUUUGCAGUGUAUUUUUAUAUAAGUGACCAUAAUAUAUGAGCUAUAUAUAUUUUGUUACAAAUGUUUACCUUUUUGCUGUGUGUUGGUUACAUACGGGGCUUCUCAGGUACUUCUUUGUUGUCAAAUUCCUUCAUACAUAUCAUGUAAUUACUCCUGUUUUUAUUGAAUACUUUGAAAAUAGAAGAAAAUGUUGAACUAAUAUUACAAAAAACAUCAUCAUUGAGCUGCAAAGAUGAAGCAGCAGCCUUGAGGAAAAAGGUUUUCUGUCUCGUUGUGAUGUCUUAUCUUCAUGCUAUAUCUCAUGUUGCACUGUGCUGUACAUAUUAGUUUACAAAGCAUGGGAUUUCUGCAUUAAAUACAAUUUCUCUGUCA